UUUCGGUAUAAAUGAGUGCAGAAACACAAGCUACUCUUCUUCUUAAGAGACAGCUUCAGGGUAUGUUAUUACAACCGAAAGUAAGACCCUUUUCUCUUCCAUUUUGAUGCGACGCUAACAGUAAGAUGGCGAUGAUUUCUUUUCUAGAACUGCAAAAGAAACCUCUUGAAGGCUUUUCUGCGGGCCUUGUUGAUGAUGACAAUCUUUUCAAAUGGGAACUGAUGAUAAUAGGACCCCCAGAAACAUUCUAGUAAGUUUAUUUCUCAGAGUUAUUCUUGAAGUUAGCACAUAAUAUGGACUUGAUGCACUUCUAUCGAUACGUGAAAAGUUUAUUUUUGCGCAUUGGGCCGAUCGAUGUGCUAAGUUUAAUUUCUUUUAUUUUUACCAUAGCGAGGGAGGCUAUUUCAAAGCGCAUUUGAUCUUCCCUAAAGAAUACCCACAAAGACCACCAAAAAUGACAUUUGUGUCGGAGUUUUGGCAUCCCAAUGGUAAGUACGCAAGGACAUAUUGCGUGAACCUUUUCAGUAACACGUUUUAGUUUGCUUUUUGAUUGUGUCGUGAUGUUGUUGGAAAAAAUGCCACUUCUGUCGUUUAGUGCACAAAACAUCCGUGAAGAUUGAAAGGAAAACGUUUAGGGCAGAUAUGAACCAGGGAUUAAAGAAACACGUUUGUACAUCUGUUAUAUUCCAACCAUGCUUUCACUUAUGUCAGGGAAUUUCAGCAUUUUUAUGUGAAAUCCAGCGCUGUGUUUUCUAUAGACCACUAACUACAUUAUGUUAAAAAGAAAAAAUAUUGGAAGCUCUUUGUUCAGCAUCUACCAUUAAUUCCACGCUUAAACCAUGCUGACCAAGGCGAUUUCAGAAUUUUUCUGACCAGUAGAAGUUAACACGUUUGAGUCCUCAAAAAGAGAAAUUUGUUACAAAGAUAUUAGGUGCGGUUACACUAGACCUUUUCCUCAAAGAUCCCCUAACGACUUCUUGAGGAAAGUAAUCUUGGAUGAAUACUGAUGGAAAAAAACUAAAUUUCUGAUUGCCUCAAAGUGCUUUUGAACUUGUUAAAUGCCAAAAUAUUUACAGCAGCACUCAAAAUCCUGUUGUGUUGAUAUUGUCAAACUUAAGUGCAGUUUCGCAUAGGUUUUGUUGCCAAGUUGAACACUACUAUUUGGUACAUUUCACUGGUUCAUGAUUGGUUAAGCUGCUUUGGUUUCUCACUAACUCACAGAACCUAAUUUGGGAAACGUCAUGGGGAACUCUUUUGUUCUUUUUUACCUACGGUAUCCAUGGAAAUUUCCCGAGGCAAAUUCACUUUGGGAAAAUCAGUCACACACAAAAAGUUGCCACCCCGUGGGCAAUAGUCAUCUGCCCAUGGGUAAAACGGCUAGUGUAAUCCCACCUGUUAUAAGCUUACAGCAUGUAAUGAGCACUGGAUGUUCUGCAAGUUUUUGAUUGACUGUUACAAAAAUCAGGGUCUGCUACUUCUGCAUAAUGUAUCCUGAGUUUAUAUCAUGGAGAAUUUGUUUUCUCUGUUUGUUUGGCAAGGCGUAAAGUUUUGAAAAUGUGAUUGAGUGUUCUAUAUUGGUUACCAAAAAAGAUUAGCAGAGGUUAUUAACCUAUUCACCCUUGGAAAUUUUGCCGAAAAGCACCUUUGAAGCUGCAUGUAUUAGAGCCACUGUAAAGGUUUAUAUAGGAAAAUUGCUUCUUCCUCUAUGUGAUAAAUCAGGAGAAUUCUCCUUUUAGACCCUAUUUUAUUUUUCAUGUGACUGUAGUAAACUGCCACCUGGUUAGCUCAGUUGGGAGUGUGCUGGUCUGCUUGAGUAGGAGGUCGCGGGUUCAACCCUGGGUGUACCAACAUUAAGGGUCUUUAAAUAACUAAGAACAAAGUGCUGUCUUUGUAAUGACAUUUGCAAAUGGUUAGACUUUCUAGUCUUCUUGGAUAAGGAGAAAAAAAAUUGUAGGCCCUGCCUCACAGCAUUUCCACUUAUCUGGUUCUUGUGGGAUGUAAAAGAACCCACACCACUAUUCGAAAAGACUAGGGGAUGUACUCCCGGCCCAGUGGUGUGGCCAACCUUUCCUGGGCUGGAUGGGUUAUCUAUAAGGAAAGAUCAUAAUAUAGGGAUAAACUCAUGAUUCUCCUUCAGGUAUCAUAAUAGCUAGCCGUAAACAGUGUAUGCAUAUAUAAAAAAAUAUGCGAUUUGGUCACAGGAGUUUUUUUUUUAAAUUUCAGUUCAUAAAGACGGUGAAGUUUGUAUUUCUAUCCUUCAUGAGCCAGGUGAAGACAAAUAUGGUUAUGAGAAAGCAGAAGAACGUUGGCUUCCAGUUCACACUGUUGAAACUAUCUUGUUGAGUGUUAUUUCAAUGAUUUCUGAUCCAAAUGAUGAAUCACCAGCCAACGUCGAUGCUGCUGUAAGUAAUAUUUUUUUCAAAAACACUUGUAAGUAAAACAGUUUCAACAGUGUUGUUUUACCUGGAAAGGUAAAAGCAAGUGACACUACCAAAAGGCAAUAUUACCAUUAGCCUGCAAAAACAGCUGUCUCUCCUCACUCCUCGCCGCUAGGGAUGUUUCAUCAGAAAUGACGUUUGCGCCUCAGCAACAGAAAUUCAAUACUGAUGAUGUAAAUCAUUGUUUACAUGAUAAAUCCGAUUAUUAUACAUUGUAGUCACCAUCUGUCUUCUCAUUGGAUGCCUACAGUUUUCAUCAGAAAUGACAGAUUAGUGAAUAAUCCUCAAGCAACAGAAAUUGUUUUAUAGAGACGGUGAAAAUUUGUUUAUCACUCAGUUGAGUGUUUGAAAAUAAACUGUGAUAAAUCAUUUGUUUACAUAAGAAAUCACAAAACCCAUCCAAUAAUUGUUUAUAGUCAUGGUGUUCCAAAUGUAAAUUUGUUCAAUUUUAUGUGUCUCCAGGUGGAUUAAUGGUAAAGUUUAACUUAAACAACUUUUUGUCUGACUUAACAGAAAGAGUGGAGAAAUGAUUAUCGUGGAGCUUUCAAGAAGAAUGUUAAGCGGUGUGUGAGAAAAAGUCAAGAUAAUCUUUAAUAAUAUUGUACAGUACAUUUUUUCCUAAUUCUAAAGACCUUGAUAUUCAGAAUUACAGUAGGUGUAAAUUGAAUUGAAAAGUGCUUAAAAUAAUAUUAGUGGGAGCUUUAAAUUGUGCUUGUUUAACUGGAAAUACUGGCAGUUGCUUGAUUUAACCCUUUAAACCCUAAUAUCAAAACUGAGAUUCUCAUUUACUGUCCCUAUACAUGUGAAUAGAAGUAUUGGGGAGAAUUUGGUGAAAUAUCAAAUAGACUCAUCUUCCCUGAUCAUGUACUCAAUUCUCACUACCACUAUGUUUUCUAAAGCAUUGAUAUUAUGAGGAGAAAUUUCAUGCUGAUCACUCUUAGGGCUUAAAGGGUUAAGCUUACUUUUUGUGUAUUGCAUUGGUAAUCAGUUUUGGCUUUUUAGUUAUGGAUAAUUUUUUUCGUGAUUUCAAGCCUUGCCAAUUUCCUGUAAGAUCAUAGGACUAGCAGUGGAGGUGGACAAUGAUUCCUGUAAUUUAUUAAGUCAGUUAUCAAUGAUACAUGUAUGAUCAACAUAAUUCAAAUCUUUCUGGAACCCAUGUGAUUACCUGCUAGAUUCUUUGUAUUUUCAUCCUUGUAAAUAUGUUCCUUGUAACAAUAUUAUUCUUAAAGGUGUGAUGUAAACUGUAGUGAUAGCUAUAGCAUUUUAUGUAGCUGAAAUGAUGACGCAAGACGAAAGUUAUGUCACUCAUUUCUAAUACUUUCUUGAAAAUAUUGUUGCUUAUCAGCUAUAGGGAUUUCUAACAACUCAAAAGUGGUGUCCAAAUGGCUUUGAUAGCAGAUGGUGAUAGAGAUGGUGGUAUAGUAGAAUCUAUCAGUUACUAUCAUAGCAUGUGAUCAAGAACUUCAAUAGGACAAUUGCACGACGACGUCAUUUUACUACAACUACCAGAAUCCUUGAGUUUGUUGUUUUCUUGUGCAAAUUAAGGCUUUUGUUCUUUAAUCCUCAGCGGGAUUGACAAUUUUAAAUAACAAAGCAAAACCGAAAUGAAUUCUGGUAGUUGUAGUCAAACACCGUCAUAGUGCAAUUGUCCGAUUCACAAAGGCCUGAGACACUCCAUGCAGCCUUGUCCGAACCAUAAUAAUAUUAUUAUUACAACUACGCUAAUAUAUUGCUCUCUCAAAAUCAAUGGACUUAUAGACAUGGCAAAAACCCGCUUUGUUUUGCUCAGUUUCAUUAGCCUUUGCCUAAGCUCUUGAUCAGACUUAUCACUUGUUAAGGUCACUGAUCAAUUUAUUAGUCUGUUUUCCUAACUUUCUGUUUGUCUUUGAAACGUGGCAAAGGAAAUAUUAGUAUUUUAAUCAACUGAGGUGAAUGCUUGCAUACUUAAUUCUGUUGAAUUGUAGGAAAAACAUUUGACCAAAAAAAACUAUCGUCAGCUACCACCAACACCAUCAAACAGGAAAAACAGUCACAAACUGAACUAUCAUGAUGAAUUUCAGUCACCAUCUACCAAAUCUGUUUGGCUGCAGGUGGAAGUCACAAAGGCUUAAGACUACCAACCCAUGCAUUGCAUUCUAACGGUCACAGUGGUUGAAUGACUGGUGAUUGUUAAUUACUGUGAACUGAAGGUUGUGUUUCUGGAGAAAACUUAGUGUGGUUAAGUCUGCAGAGGAGGCAAUACUUUUUUGUUUUUCAAGGAAGCAGUGGCAAGGCCAAGGUAAAGUUCGGCAAGUGAGAGUUAUCCAUCCAAAAGGUUGGGAAGAAAAAAAAGUGUUGAUUAUAUAUCUCCUUCCCUUGGACCUUACUUGUGCUUUGUGCAUUCCUUGUGCUUUCCUCUGCUACUUUAAAAAAUUCAGGAAAUUAUAAUGCCUGUUCUGUGGAGCAAGUUUACUUAAUACAAUUUCUGUACAAUAACAGUUAGUUAGGCUUGAGUUGUGAAGUAACAAAUUUGUAUUUCCACAUACCUGGUAGUCAAUAUUUUUCUUUCCUUUUUUUUUUUGCUGUUAAAAUUUCCAUUUGUGACAGGCAUUUUCCAACAAGACUGCACAAAAGUGUAAACAAAAUUUAACUAUAUUUCUGUUGAAUUUACAUUUUUUUUCAUUGUCUCUUUUUUUAAGUACUGGUACAUGUUGUGCAUACUGCAGGGGCGUCAAAAAUGUAUUAAAACUUGAAUGAGCUUUGGCAUAACCAGUCACAUAAAUUUGAUUUUUCUUUAAGUUAAUUACAAACCUGUGUUCAACAGUCACCCUUGGGAAAUGGCAAGGUGGCCAUUAUAUGCGGGGUGACCUCUAUAUUCACGUCAACUUUGCAGAAAAUAUAAGGCAACUGAAAUUUUGGGAUGUUGUCCGGUGACCAUAAUACACAGGGUGACCACUAUAUACAGGGCAGUAUAUACAGGCUUGACUGUAUUAUUAUUGUUUUUAAGUUCCGAGAUAUUGUCAAACUUCCUUGAAGCAGCCAGCCAAAAUGUCAAGAUUUGGUGAUUUUAAAAAUUGGGGAAAAUUCUGGGGUAUUUUAGAAACAAGAUCACUCAUGAAAGGUGGCUGCCCAUCCAAAUUGUAUCGUGGAGUCACCUUGUAUAAAACAUGUAUAAACUAUUAUUUAACCACUUGUUAAGUCACAGUAAAAUCCUGGGGGAGGGGGGCACCUCCCGUAUAAAUGAAACAGGGAUGCUUGUCAUCUUGUUGAGGAAGUGAGGGGUAAGCUAGGG